GGGCUGUCACACGGAAGAUGGAGCUACUUUGUUUUCUCCUGCUCUGGACGGUAGGACUCGAACCAGUGGCUUCAAGUUACAAGAAAGAAGAUUGCGACUGAACACAGCAGAAAACCUUUCAGACACACCAUGGAGGCCUCUUCCGGCCUCCCCGUGGUCCACGUCGACUUCCCCGAGGUCACCAGUGCCCUGCUGGAGAACCUCAACCAGCAGCGGGUGGAGGGCAAGCUGUGCGACAUCGCCAUCCACGUCCAGGGCCGCGUCUUCCGGGCCCACCGGGCCGUGCUGGCCGCCUCCUCGCCCUACUUCCACGACCAGGUGCUCCUGAAGAACAUGACAUCCAUCGUGCUGCCCAGCGUCAUGGACCCCGUGGCCUUCGAGACGGUGCUGGGCUCGGCCUACACGGGCAAGCUGAGCAUGGCCUCGGACGAGAUCGUCAACUACCUGACGGUGGGCAGCGUCCUGCAGAUGUGGCACAUUGUGGACAAGUGCACCGAGCUGCUGAAGGAGCGCCGGGGGGCCUUCCUGGGGCCUUCCUCCUCCUCCUCCUCCUCCUCCUUCCGCGCCCACUCCAGCCGCACCAGUGACAACCAGUCGCCCAGCAGCAGCAACUACUUCAGCCCCCGCGACUCGGGCGAGGGCCCCGAACACGGCAAGUUCCACCCGCUGCGGGGGGCGCUGGCGGGAGAGCGCGACGACCACGACGAGGAGGUCAUCUUCCAGGCCGAGAAGGGGCCCCCGCGCUGCCCGGACCCCUUCGCCAGCGGCAGCAAGUUCGUCCUGGAGACGGACGACGACGUCAGCGACAGCAGCGAGGGCCGGCGCCCGGCCUACGUACGGCCCAGCAUCAUGCCCCAGAAGCAGUGGGUCUUCGUCAAGAAGGAGCGCUCCCAGGAGGACCUGGUGCUGACCUGCGAGGAGGAUGAGGACCCCGUGGAGGUGGCCGGGCCGGCGCCCGAAGCGGCGCUCAGCAUCAGUGACGUCCGCACCCUGACGGAGCCCGGCGGGGGCGGCUCGGGGGGCAAGCUGGAGGAGCAGGUGAACUUCUGCGAGUCCUCGGAGGACUUCCCCUCGGCCUACGAGGGCCUGGAGGAGGCCGCCCCCUUUGCGCCGCGCGGCGCCCUCCUGCCCAUGGACAUGCAGGGCAACCAGAUCGUGGUCUUCCCGCCGCAGGCGCCGGUGGAGCACGGGGCGGUGCAGCUGGCGGCCGGCUCGGGCGACGGCAACAAGAUCUUCAUGUGCCACUGCGGCAAGGCCUUCUCGCACAAGAGCAUGCGCGACCGGCACGUCAACAUGCACCUCAACCUGCGCCCCUUCGACUGCCCCGUCUGCAACAAGAAGUUCAAGAUGAAGCACCACCUGACCGAGCACAUGAAGACCCACACGGGCCUCAAGCCCUACGAGUGCGACGUCUGCGCCAAGAAGUUCAUGUGGCGAGACAGCUUCAUGCGCCACAAGGGCCACUGCGAGAGGAGGCACCGCCUCGGAGGGGGGACCGGCGGCCCCGCGGGGGGCGGCCCGGCAGCCUCCAAGAAGGAGGCGGAGUCGCCCUCCCGGAUGGGGGCCGAGGCCGAGUGGGGCACCGGGAGGUCCCCCCGCAGCGAACUGGGCUUUGCGGGGAGCAGUAAGAUGUGAGGGGGAGCAGGGGGGCAGCCCAAGCCGGUCUGCACUAGGGACCCCCACCCAGACUGGGCUCAAGUCCCCCACCUCAGACUGAGCUUUAGGGGGUGGGCAGGACAGCACCACUGGACUGAUCCCCCCCACCCCGUCCGGAGCGGGUCCUCUGCUGCCGCCGUCUCCCCCAGGAAGGAUCAGGACCCCUGCUGCUCCUUGUAAACAGCCCCCCACCCUUCUCCGUUGUCAGUCGAUGUCCCCCAUGUCUGCACCUUGCAAGGAGGGAACCAUAGAGUUGUAGUGUUGGAAGGGACCCCGUGUGGGACUGAACACUAAAUACCCCCCCUCACCUUCCAUGUCUCAGUUGGGGGGGUCAUGUAGCAGUCAGCACCCUUCCUCUCCCCGCCCCCCUUGUGUCUGUCCUGUGGGUGUCAAGAGCGGGGGGACGGGACGGUCCGUGGCUCAGGAGAGCAGGCACUUUGGGGGAGGGGGCUCACAUCCCCAUCUGAGCAAGGACACCCCCCCACCGCCAGAAACCCAGCAGAGGAGCAGCCAGCGGUCAGGAAAGGUGGCAACUCUGAGCUGAGUGCCACCAACCAACAUGUCUUUGUGUGUGUGUGUGUGUGUGUGUCUGUGAAAUUCAAAUUGUCCCCCCAGGGAAAGGGGAAGACCAGGACCUUUGUCAUAAUUGCGGGGUUGGGGAGGCCUCUUUCUGCCGCCCUCUAUGGAGAACGUGGGGUGCAGAACACUUUCCCCUGCAUUGCCCUACCCAGAGUUAAUGCUGUUUAUCUGCUCCCCCCCCCAGUUCCGCAUCUUGUUCUGUCUGCCUCCAUUUACCUUUGAGAUUUUUGUAACUUAACUUCGUUUGAGUCUCUCUCUUUUUUUUUAAAGAAAAAACAAAGAAACUGAACCUGCUCUAUAAAUAUUUAUUGAUCUCU